AGACAGCUUGCGCAGGGAGCCAUUCGCGGCGCUGUGGGUACGACUCCAGCCUCGCAGCUUCACCACGCACCAAGACUUCAACAUCAUCCCUACUACGAUAGGCUCGACUGGACGCUGCCGAAACCUUUAAACAACUGCAAUACCCACCGACUAUAAAGACCGCAUAUUGCGCAUGCUUCGUCUGGGUCAAUCGCAAGUGCAAGUAGCGGCCGAACAGGGUUGAUAGGGACCAUGGCCACGCCAACGCCGAUGAAGCAUGCGCCUUCGCAGCAAGGUCGCACACCUUCUGCUACUGCUCAGGGGCGGACACCAUCUCAAUUAGCUGCAGCAACACCGCCAGUAUCGACACCCUUUUCAAACGCUGCCCAAGCUGCCUUUUCACCCCGCGGCCAGCGCUCCCCACAGCACGUCAAGAAGUCUCCAGCAACAUCAGGGCUCCUUGGCCAGCCAAAUAUGGGUGCGCUCAAUUUCGAUAGCCCAUCGACCGCAGCGGCAAUGGGGGCACUUGGAAUGGGCAACGGGUUUGACGUUGGCCUUGACGGUAUGGGCGGACUGGAAACCCUGACGGCGGCGUUUGCCAGCGAGGAUGAGAAGCUGAGAAGGCUUGAUGCAAUCCUCAAGAUGCUCAAUGAGAAGAAGGGCUUUGUAAGCGACGCAGGCAUCGAACGAUUAGCUCAACGAUUGGGUAUGGAGUUGCUCUCCGAAGAGCAGACGACACCCGACGGCCGAAAGACAAAGACAUUGACAAUAGCCGGUUCUGCAGUCGCUAUGGACAUUGUACUGGAAAAUAAUAUUGUUUUAAGCGCGACUCUCUCAUACCACGGAAAUGCCAGCUCUGUCGCCCCAUACAUUGAAGAAGCGAGCGACAUCCUCCUGCGCGAUCUCCAGCUGAAGAAGGACCAAAGUCCGCUGACCAAGACAUUAGACGACUUUGCUGCCAAUUUUGAACGCCUGGCACUCCUUGACAAGCUCAGUAUUGUGCCAGGUCUCGACUGCCAUGAAGCUCUUGUCGGCAUUUUCUCUAGCUUAGAGCGUCUACAUAGCUGGGACAUCGAGCAGGCAAAACGAGCCCCAGAUAAUGCAGGCAAGCCAGAUCCUGUUAUAGACUCACUGGUUAUGUGUCAGAAGAACGGAAAGCCGGUAAUGAAUGCACGUGGCCGCGUCGGACUCGCGCUUCAGUACUGGAAGCACCGCCGAUUCUCUAACAGACCCGCUCGCAAAGAUGAAACCUAUGGAAGAAUCUGGUCUAUACUACUGGGCUGCGCUGCCAUUGAUGGUAUUGGUCUGCCACCCGUACGGGUUUCCAAAGAUUGGAUCUCCUCGGACAUCAUCUUGAAGCAAGAGGCGACAGGAGCCGACGGGCAACAACAAAAUGUUCUAGACUGGCAAGAACCGGACAAUGUGUCUCUCCCCCCAUCUGAAGAGAACAAAGACGCUGGUAUGGAGCUUUUGCAAGCCGAUCUAUCAACAACCCGUGUCCCACGUGUCAUGUUCACAGCUACAUUUGAUCAUCCCCUGAUUCUCCCCCAGAACGACUGGGCACGACUUUAUGCUCUUGCGGGAGUUGAACCGCCGCCUACCACCGCCGAUUUUGGACAGGCUCCCCCUACCUUUGACGCUCUAUUCUUUCCACUGCCAUCUGGAGCUAAGCAGGACCCCAGUGAGGCCAGGACUAUCUCCCAGACCGCAAACGUGAAUACCUACGAUGAGCAAGGCAACCUGAUCCAGCGUACCCACCGGAACUCUCUCUACAUCUAUAAACCCAUAUACUCACAAGAGGUCACAGAGAUGCCUUUUGCACACCCACGGCAGCUCAUUGACAUGCUUCCGCUCCUGCGGCAGUACGCCUUCCUCUCAACGCUGCUGCAAACUAGCUUCAAGAACGACGGAGAUCCCAUCAAGCCAAGCGAAGAAUCCAAAGAUGCCACUGUAUCAUCAAAGACUACUACCGUAAAGGACCAACUUGCAGACUUUCUUGCCGACAAUGCAGCCGAUGAUGGGCACAAGCAGGACAUGAACCUUGACGUGAUCCUUUGGGUCCACCCAGCGCCACACAUGCAGGUUGUAUUCCCAAUGGGAUCUUCAACCGCAAAUAUCUCCUUCCGCAUCCUCGGCGGAGGCACUGUUGAAAUCACGGCCGAAAAUAUCCUCGAUGUCAAUGGUCAGAGGCGCAAGAAGACUAUUACGCGCGAGAUUCUGGCCACUGCCCUUGAACGCCUGGAAAAUCUGGGCGAGUGGGCUGAAUGGGUUCGCACAAGAGUCGUUUAAGCAGCAGAAGCCAGACGGCGAGACUCCAAGUGUUACGUUUAUAAGAGGCGUUGGGCGUGUUGCUUGUUAUAUUCUAGUCUAAUCUGUUAAUUUAAAGCGAUCUUUUUUGUGUACCAUACCCAUACCCGUGAAUGUUGAAAGCAAAAACAAAGCAAAAAUAUUGAACAAUGAACCCAAAAGACGCUCUCAGGCAAAAAAUUGAAC